AAGUCUUCUUCGGUCAUCCUCUUUUCAUUCUUCGUCUGGCUUUCUGUUUCCAUCAAUUGGGCGGGAGCAAUGUCAGGUGGAGGAAUGGGCGAUAGAGAUGAUGCCACCGUGGCCGUGGCGGUGGGCCACAGCAACGGCACCAGGAGCCGCAGAGCCGUUCGUUGGGCUGUCGAGAAUCUGAUGCCCCACGCCCGUCGCUUCCUGCUCGUCCACGUCGCCCCUUUCACCACUUCCAUCCCUACGCCUGCGGGCAACCAUAUCCCCAUCAAGCAAAUACGCGGUGAUGUAGUGGACAUGUAUAUGCAAGACAUGAAGUUAAAAUUUGAAGAAAAAUUUCUCCCAUUCAAGAGACUAUGCAGAACAAGAGAGAUGGAGACAUUGGUGUUAAAUGAUGACAAUCCUGCAGCUGCACUUGUGAGACAUUUAUCUGAAUCAGGCAUCACAAGUAUAGUCUUGGGCUCUUCUUCUUUGAACUGGAUUUUGAGGAAGCUGAAGGGCCCUGACAUACCAUCUACUGUCCUGAAAUUGGCCCCUAACAAUUGCAACAUCUAUGUAGUUUCACGAUACAAGUUAAAAAUGAAAUUGGCUGAUCUCCCAGUUUCACGACACAAGAUAACCAAGAAAUUGGUCAAUCUCCAUAUUGUUAGCGGGUUGAGUGCUACUUCCAGCAUGCGCAGCUCAAAUCAGCCUCAUAAUACAUUUACACAGAGAGAAGUUGAUAAACAGAUAUGUAGCAGUACCAUGGAGUCGAAAGGUAAUGAUUCCGUAGAUGCAUCAAAACCAGAUGUUGGCAUCAGAUUUUCUCGAUCAUUUAAUACCAUGGAUUCUCGUACUUCUGCCGAUGGAAUAUCUCGAGUACCCUCUCUAUUAUCUUCUAGUGGAGAAGAGUACCAAAAGGGCAACCAUCAUAACUUCGAAAAUAUGACCUUAGAAGAAAUUGAAGCAAUUGAGGAACAUGAUGCUGUGGCUACUUUCCAGGACACUGCUUUGGUCCUACAAUGCACAGAGCAGGCUGAUGCUGAGACUGAAAUGGAAAGAUUGAGGCUAGAACUACGAAAUACUCUUUCUAUGUACAAUAAAGCUUGUGAAGACCUUGUCUAUGCCAGGAAUAAGGUCCAGUUACUUUUUACUGAAUGCUCUGAUGAUGCGAGGAAAGUGAAAGUUGCCCUUGAAAAGGAAGAAAUAUCCAAUAAAAUCAUAGCAGAAGAGAAAGCCAAGCAUUUGGAAGUCAGUAAGGAAAUUGAGGUAGCAAGACAAUUGCUUGCGAAAGAGGCUCACGAAAGACAGAGAGCGGAAAUGUCUGCCCUUAAGGAGUCAUCUGAAAGAAAGAGAAUAGUGGAUACUUUAUUAUCAGCUGAUAGAAGGUACAGAAGGUACACCAAGGCUGAGAUAGAGGCUGCAACUGAUUGCUUCUCUGAGGCCAGAAAGAUAGGCGAGGGAGGGUAUGGGAAAGUGUACAGAUGCAACAUUGAUCACACCCCAGUAGCGGUUAAGGUUCUUCUGCAAGAUGCGUAUGACAAGAAAGAGGAAUUUCUGAAAGAGGUCGAAAUUCUCAGCCAACUACAGCAUCCCCACGUGGUCUUACUUCUUGGAGCAUGUCCUGAAAAUGGAUCCCUCAUCUAUGAAUAUAUGGGAAAUGGAAGCCUCGAGGACCGGAUUUUCCGCCAUGAUGACACACCACCUCUUCCGUGGUUUAUCCGGUUCAGAAUCAUUUUUGAAGUGGCUUGCGGGCUUGCCUUCUUACAUGGUUCCGUGCCAGAACCAAUUGUCCAUCGGGAUCUAAAACCAGGGAAUAUCUUAUUAGACUAUAAUUACGUGAGCAAGAUUGGAGACGUUGGAAUGGCUAAGCUUAUAUCAGAUGUUGUUCCCGACAACGUUACAGAAUACAGAGAAACCGUCAUCGCAGGAACCUUCUACUACAUGGACCCUGAAUAUCAGCGAACUGGUACGGUCCGGCCAAAAUCAGAUUUGUAUGCUUUCGGAGUCAUUGUCCUCCAGUUGUUGACUGGGAAGCAUCCGCGGGGUCUGAUAACGAGCAUCGAAAAUGCUAUUAAAGUUGGUUACUUUGCAGAUGUACUCGACAAAUCAAUAACGGAUUGGCCACUUGCCGAUUCAGAGAAGUUAGCUAGAAUUGCACUGAAAUGCUGCAGGCUGAGAUGCAGGGAUAGGCCAGAGCUUGAAUCUGAAAUUAUGCCACAACUCGAAGAACUCAUGAAUAUGACGGAUGCUCAUUUUAGACUAUGGCGAUGCAAUAUCAAUGCCCCAAGCCACUAUUUUUGUCCCAUUCUUCAGGAAGUGAUGGUGGAUCCCUACAUUGCAGGCGAUGGAUUCACGUAUGAAUACAGAGCGAUUAAAGCAUGGCUCGAGCGGCAUAACAUCUCUCCCAUAACCAAGCUUAGGCUCCUGCAUAACCGCCUUACCCCCAACCAUUCACUGCGUUCUGCCAUCCUGGAGUGGAAGUCACAGGCAACAUUCUCAAGUUCUUGAAAGGAAAAGAUGGUUGAGUGAGCAUGAUUGGAGCCUCAUCCAAUCCUCAGAUUUUGUGGGGCAUGUACAAAUGGCAGGUGCGGCAAUUGUCAGACCUCUUGGGCCAGGCCUAUUCAAAAUUCGUCAUGUGCUCGGUCCUGACUAGGACCGUAGCUCACCCAACUAAGAAAGGGUAGACUACUGUAUCAGUUGUUUAUUUUUGCUUAAAUUAUCAGUGACUCCAUUCUUGUGCAUGUGACAAAUGUUUUCAAGAUUGAGAUUGAAACUGAUCAUCAGGUAGAUCCUACUCAGGUAAGCCAUAUCCAACAUACCAUGCCAAUCAAAACAAUCUGAACCAUUCUAUAUUUUGGGCUUUUAGAGAAUGAAGUGGAUGGUUUUAGGGGUAAAAAACCCCACAAAAAAUCAACCAGAUUUUCACUGCCUGUCAAUAUAAAGGUCCUCCUAGUUAAUUGGGUAAGAUUGUUUGGAUGGCAUGUUGUUUUCGUUAUUGCCCAUCCAAGGUAGGGCCUAACUGAUGAUCGGUUCAGAUCAUGUUUGCCACAUGGACAAAACUAAAGUCACGGAUAACAUAAGCAGUGAAAAGUUACAAACAUUCAAGGAUUUGUAGCCUAAAAAGAAGGGUUGUAGGUGAAAUCAUAUACUAGUCACAUUCUAUAUAAAUAUAUAGAAUGUAAAGAAGCCGAAGAUGUACAAGAUUUGGUGGGGAAACCAAAAUUCGCUCUAAGAGUUCUGAAGUUAGGUUGCGCUGCAUGUUGCCUAGAAUUGGAACCUUUCAUGGCGGAAUGCACUGAAUCUAAGUUAGUGUUUUGCUGAAACAGCCAAACACAGUUUAUAUUGAGAAAUGUGUAUUUGAUGAGAGUGAUAGAUGUUUAUAGACUGGCAUUGGACUGCAGAAGUCAUGCAUAGAGACAUUUAUCGAUGCCGGAUGAAAUAUGUAUUAUUUAGAAUUGGAUGAUGUGUAGCUUUGGAGUAAAUAAUGUUGACAAUGUAUUCUUCAAACAUUAGAUGAUUUUUGGUAAAUAUAGAGUUUUGC